GGGAGUUCAUGCACGUUCGGUGCAUUGCAUGCAUGCAAAUUGCAAUCGAGUCAAGUGUGACUCAUUCACUCCCGUUGUUUGAAUAUGGCGGUCUUUUCGUAUUUGCAAAGUUUGGCGAUUUCUCUAAUGUCGGUGAAUGACUUAUAGUGCUAAAGGCUCUUAUAAACAUGGCAUCCAGAUCCUACUAUUCACUAUCCACAACUCAUCGCAACAAAGGAGAAACAAGGCAGAGAGUUGUUGCUCCAGCUAUUACAACUCACCAUGCUCAACCCUCCGCCACCCUCCAGCCAAAGGGCAGCAGCCAUGGCCAGCAAAACUAUAUGAAGCCUGACAAAAGAGGGCAGCAGCAGCAGCAGGAUAGCAAGAAGUAUGGUUACUUCAGCCGAAGUGAGUCGGUGAGACGCAGUGGCAAGAGGCUAGCUGCUAAGCGGUGUGAGACGGGGGAUAGUGAGGCUGCUAAAUUGACAGGAAAAUUGAAGAUCUUAAUCAAGACAAAGUCAAGCUGUUUCUCAAUUCGAGUUUGUGGAGCCAAGGAACUCAAAAUACCAUCCAGGACUCAGGAGUGCAGAUUGUAUGCAAGGGUGAGUAUGCAUUUUUUAUAUGCAGAAUGAAAAUUAAUAUUCAGGAAAUAGACUUUGACAGCCUUGAAAGUUCAACCAAUGGCCUGUUCUAUCUGCUUGCCCCCUCCCACCCCUUAGACCAGAAAGGAAAGUGAAAAAUAUAAAGAGAGAGAGAGAGAGAGGGAUAGAGAGAGAAAUAAAAAAGAAAUGUCACUGAGUACUCUUGGUAUUUUGGUGGUAGUAUUUAGAAUUACAGUUGGUGUGGGCUGGUUAAAGGGGUGGAAAGUAAUUUGAAUAAAUGAAGUAAAAUGUGACAAACAAAACAUUUAAAAUUUCAUCAAAAUGGGACAGUGGAUAACAAAGUUAUGAUUUAGUUUUGCGUUAUGUUGGCCAAUUUCAACAGUUGUUGUAUAAAUGUCUUAAUGAAUAUCCCCACCCCUUCUUUUGUAUUUUAUUAUUGUUAUUAUUUUCUUGCAUCCAAAUGCAAGAAUUUUAAUCUGUGUGAAUAGCUUUAUCUGAUUGCAAUAAAAGUUGAGAUUCUGGUUUUGUACACAAAGAACAUGUUGCAGACUUCAUAACUAUGGCCUCCGCACACCUUACAACUGGUGCAGGAUCCGAUUUUUGGAACAAAGCGCAUUUUGCUUAACUUGUAAAUGAAAAGUAUCUUUUUAUUUGAGGUUUGAUUUAACUUGAAUUAAACUCUAUCAAUUUUGGAUGAUUGUGAGCCUUUAUGUUGGAGUAAAGGCCAAAUUGGUUUCCAAUAAUAGCCAUAUAUAUUCGUUUGUUGUGACGUCAUUACAACUAGAUAUUCGAUUUGAAUUUAUUUUUUAUGAUUGAUUGAUUGAUAACAAAUUUAUUUCAUUCCAAAAUUUCAACAAAGCUACAAAGUAAAGCCAAAUAUAAUAUAACGUUAUGAAAUGAAAUAGAAACCUUCUGAAAAGCAAAGCUUGUUAUUGAAGGUUUCCUUCAAUAACUAGUUUCAUUCUUAAUUCAUUUUCAUGUUAAAAUGUGCCCAAUUGAUAAUUAAUGAUGGGAUGGGAUUACUAAGAAUUCAAGGAAAUAUGAAAUAGAGUCAUGAAAUUGGAACUUUUUCCACUGUUUUAUACAUCAAAGUGUGAAAAGGGAGAAAUAAUGGAAAUCAAUUAUAUUAAGGAUGGUAGCAUAGUCACAGAUUAUAACAUAAUUAUUCAUACUACGAUUGAGAAUUUUAAAUAGAUGUUCCAUGUCUCAAUUUUCACUCCAUGUUUUACUACGUUUCAUUCCAAAUUUGGGUCGCAGACCAAUCUUUAAGUGUGCGAUGGCCUUUAGUAUUAAACAGCUUGCACCCAUCAGUGCCGUUUAACAUUAAUCACAGCGAUUGAUUGUAGGGCUAUUUUCUAUAAUUGAUUGCAUUGAUUAUCAUUGUGUAUGAUCAAUUGUAAAAUCUGCUCCACAAUCAAUUACAAAGCUUUAUGUUACAGGUCCAGUGUUAAAGAUACACAACCCUGUCUUAAUGGAGAAACUUACAUCAGGGGCCCGUAACACAAAGCUUAGCGAUCGAUUGUGGUGCUGAUUUCUACGAGUGAUUGCCCUGAUUAUUGUGUAUGAUCAAUUAUUCGUAUUAGCCCCUGAUCAAUCACAAUUAUUACAGAGCCAAGAUUUUAUUUUCAUUCUACAUGUACCGUAUGCAUCUAAUGCCAAAUUGGCAAUCAUAUUGCCGUUUUGAACCACCUUCCCAGAUCCCCCCAAUUAUUUUCCAGGGCUCUCCUAAAACCUUGCCAAAGAUUACGACUGAUCUGACCGUGGAUGUACAACGGUUUUGAUUACCUUAGAUUGCAGAGGACCCCAAAUUAGGCACUGAUUGUUCUACCUUAUUUGAUUUUUUUCCUAUGGGAUUUGUAGUUUCAUAUUCAUGUUAAAAUUAGAAUUUGUAGCAUGCCAAUCGCAUAUCACUGCCAAAUACAUCUCUUUGCCCUCAAUUGGAUAUUAUUACCCUGGCUUUAGUCCUGCAGCCUUUUACAGCGUGGUGGCUUUUCAAGGAAUAAAUUCCUGCCAGGUACUAAUUUACCCCACCUUGGUUGGAGUGCAUAAAUUUCUUGCUGAAGGAAAUUACGCCAUGGCUGGGAUAUGAACCCACGCCAUGGCUGGGAUUUGAACCCACGCCCUUCUGUUUCAGAAGACUAAUCCAUUAGCACCGCUAAUCCAUUGGGCCGCACCGCUCCACACAGUUUUGUCAGUGCCCAUUUGAUAAUUAAUGAUGGGUUGGGGUUAUCAGUGGGUGUGUCGUGGUCUAGUGGUUCUGACUCUCGCCUUUGAAACAGAGGGUCGUGGAGAGGGUCGUGGAGGAGGAGCCGGAGGAGGGGGGGGGAGAGGAGCAGGAGGAGGGGGUGGAAGAGAAGAGAGGGGUGGGGGAAACAGGUAGAAAGGGAGAAGGAAACAAAUAAAUAAAAAUGAGAAAAAAGAAAAGAAAAUGGGAGGAUGGGAGAACAAGAACGAUAGGAUGAGGAAAGGGAAGAUGAGGAGGGGGAAGGAGAAGGGGGAGAAGAAAUGGGACAUACAUGUAGAAGCAAUAUGCAAUACAAACAAGAUGGCAAGCAAUCAG